UUCUUUCUGAGUUUGGGUUUUUCUCAUUUUCUUUGUAAACAUUGUCUCCUUCUAAUUUCUUCAUCAUCAGCAUCAUCAUCACCAUCAUCAUCUUCAUCAUCUUCUGGGGUUUUGAAUUUCGGAUUUUUUAUUCUACUGUUGAUCGGAGUUGCGUCUCUAAUUCAACAGGAAAUGUGAACCAGCCUUCUUAACAAGAGUCGAUCAGCAUUAAUAGAGCUACUAUGGCAACUGAGAACCCUAUGAGAAUUGUGGAUAGUGGUGGAGCUGGAAAGUGGUCACCAUCUAGCGACACUGCUUCCUUCACUUCAGCUAGUGCAGUGACGGAUGAAUUGGGAUUGCUUCUUAGAGGACAUGCUGUUGAUAGAAAUCGAAGUAUCAUCGCUCCCAACCGUAGUGGCAGUGCACCUCCAAGCAUCGAGGGCUCAUUUGCAGCUUUUGGUGAUCUUAUAAAUAAACAGCCCGUCCCCAACUCAAGUUCAACAGCUUUGAGCAGUGCUAUAGGGAAUUCUCACUCUGAGUUUUUGCAGCAGGAUGAUUCUUUGUAUUCAAAAUAUUUAAACAAUGAUUUGAAUGCAACGGCUCAUCCUCAUACAAUUACGAGGAGCAACAUGCACCUUGCACUCCAGAACGCGUACAAUCCAGGAAGUUCUCUUUCCACUCAUGAGGAAGAGCCUGAAGGCGAUAGAUCACCCAAGGGAGCUUCGGAUGACGGAGUGGAUAUCGUGCUUGAGCAGAACAUGCUGUCGUCUAUUGGUCAUCAUAAAAGCUUGGUUGAUCUUAUACAGGCAGAUUUUCCCCGAACACCUUCACCAGUAUUUAGCCAUAAUAUUGCGCCCGGCCCAACUGAAGAAGCAUUUCAUCAUGAUAUUCAGAACCUGACAUUGGAUUCCUUGUCCAUCGAAGCUUCAGAACCACGUGAACCAAAGUCAAGUACGGGUUCUACAAGUAAGAUUGAUUUGCCUCGUGGGUCAAUAUCAACAAUUGAACCUCCAGCGGCUUCAGUACCUAUAUAUCCUUGUCUUGACACCUCAGGAAGGUCUACUGCUUAUAUUGCUAGUGAUCGUGUGAGUGGUGGCAAUACAGAAUCAGAUGCUUUCAAAAGCGUAGAUAGAGUGGAGAGUGAUCAAGAUAAACAAGGAGUAGAGUUUGAUGAGCAGCAUGAAUUACAUAUGCAGAGUACUCAUUCUCAGCAUGCUGCAGGGUACCAUGUCCCUAGAUCUCCAGUACAAGGACCUGGUCCACAAUCAUUUAACAACUACUCAGCUCCACAGGGCCGUAUCGAGAUGCAGGCACAUCUUCAUUCUCACAGUGGUCACCCUCCUUUAUAUGCAACUACUGCAGCUUACAUGGCACCGGCAAAUUCAUUUUAUACAAAUUUGAAUACUUCUGGUCUAUAUAGUCCACAAUACAGUGGAUAUGCUAUGGGUUCCUCGUAUCUGCCCCCUUAUUUGCCUGGAUAUCCACCUCAUACAGGUUUUCCUUUUCAUUUUAACGCCAAUCCAGGACAAAGUUUUGUUGGACAAAGUGCUGGUGUUCCAACUGGGGAAAACAUCUCCAAAGGGUCUGUCGUACAAAACAUGAACAGGUUCUAUGGCCAACCUGGAUUGACGAUUCAGCCCCCCUUUCCGGAUCCUCUUUCAAUGCAAUAUUUCCAAGGGGUUGUGCAAGAUCCAUAUGGUGCCUCUCUGCAGUAUAAUCAGUUGCCUUCUCCUGGUAUGAUUAGCAAACCAGUUGAUUCUUUUACUUUAACUAAUAAUCCAAAUUCUAUUUUUCAUGCAGGUGACCAGAAAUUCCAGUUAACCCCUAGUGGAAGUAUCGGCAUUCACAGUCCAACGAAAAUGAGGAUACCGAGUAGUAGUUACCUCAGCAGUCCUACAGGUCUGGGAUUUGUGCCUCAGUUUCAGUCGCCACCUCUUGGUAGUCCAGUAAUGCCAGAUUCCCCAGUUGGAGGCCCUAAUUCAUUGGGAAAGCGAUAUGAUAUUGGAUUUUCUCAAAACCCAGCAAAAAAUGUUGGUAUUCCAAGAUGGCAAGGACAGAGGGGAGCUGAUGGUAUCAAUGACCAUAGGAAGCAUUCAUUUCUUGAAGAGCUGAAAGCUAGCAGUACCCGGAGAAUUGAUCUCUCAGACAUUGUAGGCCGUAUUGUUGAAUUCAGUGUGGAUCAGCAUGGCAGUCGAUUUAUACAACAAAAGUUGGAAAAUUGUAGUGUUGAAGAGAAGGAGUUGGUUUUCAGGGAAGUUCUUCCUCAUGCUUCGAAAUUGAUGACUGAUGUCUUUGGGAACUAUGUUAUUCAGAAGUUCUUUGAAUAUGGAACUUAUGAGCAGAGGAAGGAGCUUGCAAGUCAACUAUCGGGGCAGAUGUUGCCUUUAAGUUUACAAAUGUAUGGUUGCCGGGUAAUUCAAAAGGCACUAGAGGUUAUUGAAGUUGAUCAAAAGACGGAACUUGUGCUCGAACUUGAUGGACAUGUGAUGAGAUGUGUACGAGAUCAAAAUGGAAAUCAUGUCAUACAGAAAUGUAUUGAAUGCGUGCCUCCAGAAAAAAUUGAUUUUAUCAUCUCAGCCUUCCGGGGUCAAGUAGCUGCACUAUCAACUCAUCCAUAUGGUUGCCGUGUCAUUCAGAGAGUUUUGGAGCAUUGUUCGGAUGACUUGUGCUGUCGACCAAUAGUGGAUGAGAUAAUGGAAUCCGCAUAUGAUCUUGCACAUGAUCAGUAUGGUAACUAUGUUACGCAGCAUGUGUUGGAAAGGGGAAAACCAUUUGAGCGUAGUCAAAUUAUCCAGAAAUUGUAUGGAAGAAUCGUGCCGAUGAGCCAACAUAAGUAUGCAUCAAAUGUGGUGGAGAAAUGCCUCGAGUAUGGUGACACUACUGAGUGUGACUGCUUGAUUGAGGAGAUUCUUUCACAGCCUGAGGAUGGCGAUAGUUUAUUGACGAUGAUGAAGGAUCAGUACGCGAAUUACGUGGUGCAGAAGAUUAUUGAUAUUAGCAACGAGAAUCAGCGGGAGAGACUGCUUAACUGUAUCCAGCUUCAUCUUGUUGCUUUGAAGAAAUAUACAUAUGGGAAACACAUAGUUGCCCGGUUUGAACAAUUGACUAAUGAAGAUAAUGAAUCUUCAGAAGCCUAGGCAUUCUUUGACAUGGCGGCAGUGAAGUGUAUUCUAUGCUGGGCACUGAUAAGUGUUGCUGAAUGCUCUGAUACUUUGGAAUUAUAUUUUUAAAUAUAUUUGGCUUGCAGUAUAUAUGUGUUGUAGGAAUUGUAAGUUGAUUGGAUGAAUAAUUCAUAGUUAUCUUGCUACAUACAUAUCUAGUGUUGAACCAAGAAAUGAGCUUCAAUUCAAUUGA